UGAGUACAAAAGAAGUCUUAUGCAGAUUUUAACCCUGAAUCCAAACCUAUCAAGAUACUGGAAUAAACUCGCGCAAAUCUAUCUCGAGGAAAACCCGGAGAAGUCCUACCUCUGUCUCCUCCUAUCCAAGCACUAUUGCGUGGGACAGGAUCAGAAAUAUUUGGAUGAGAAAAUAUCAGAGAUAUCCAACCUGAACCCAGGACUUGAUCUAAGCAAGAUAGACUUCAAAACUCCUGGUUAUGAAGACGGAGAAAAGAAAGCUUCAGAGUUCACAGAUUUAGGUAGUUCCGUGAGGCUGAAGGAGAUCGAGGAGAAACUCUCAAACAAAAAUCUUAAUUCUUCCAAUCAGCAUUCCCUAAACCUGGUGACUGAGUUCGAGAAUAAAUGGUUCCAGAGCUCGAAAUAAUUUUUCAUAUUUUCAGAAAAUUUAAGAUGUCGGACGACGAUAAAGAUCUUGAUAUUGAGUCGGACGAGGAUAAUAUCAAUGGAUUAGAUUUCUCAAACGGAGGCGUAGGAGAGGAUGAUAAAAGAGCCCAUCAUAACGCACUUGAGAGGAAGCGUCGUGAUCAUAUCAAAGAUAGUUUCACAGGACUGAAGGAUUCUAUCCCAACUCUCCAGGGUGACAAGAGCUCUAGAGCCCAGAUACUACGUAAAGCGAGCGAAUAUAUCGCUUUCAUGCGUCGGAAGAACGCGAGCCAUACGAGCGAUAUUGAAGAUCUCAGGAGACAAAAUCAGCAUCUAGAUAAUCAGAUUCGUUUGAUAGAGAAGGCGAAAACAACCGGACAAUUCGGACUCCUCAAGGAUCUUCAGAGUGAGGAUCAACAAGAGGAGCAGGAGGAUCCUUCAAGGAAGAGGUUGAAGGUUUAAGAUCUCUGACGGAGUUUUAGGACUUUUUGAGAGGGUUUAAUGUGAUUCCGGACACUCCUUUCCUGUUCUACUUAUUUACUCCACUACACCUCUUUACCUGGAUAUGUCUUUCUCACCAGCAGGAGUUUAUAUUUUCAUGAAAAACAUUUUUCUUCUCCCUUUUACUUUUUAAAUAACCCCCCUACUCCCCCCUAAAGGAUCGGCCCCCAAAACUUUUCGUCAGGAAAAUAUAUGCCCCUUGCUUCAUACUUCGCAUACUCUUCUACAGUGUAAACCAGAUACCUGUGGCAUAGAAAGAGGACAUUAAAGCAGUCUUGAAAGUGUAUUUGAAGUUUGUCUAAAGUAAAUAGUUUUACUAGUAGUUUAAAAUCAAUUAUAAAAGAAAAUAAUCUGCGCUUUCUACGCAAUUGCUGUCUUUAGUGUACAUCAGACUAUUUAAAAUCAAAAUUGGAGUCUGAAAGUCGUCUUCCAUUCCGGAGUUUUCUGGUUCUCGUUUUAGUUGGAAGUUGUAACUUACUUUCAGAAUUUCAAAUAUUGAAGUUAUUUGUUAUUAAUUGUUCUCAAUUGUAUAAUACUAGAAAUAGAAAUGUAAACGUUA